AUGUGUCACGGCCACCCUCGUCUCCACCCUUGCUCACACACUUCGAUCAACUGGCACUACUGCCCUUCGGCCCUGAUUGAUCUCGAAACAGGUGUAGAGACUCCUUGCUCACACCUGAGUUAUGCAACCGCCCAACCCAGCAAUGCCGACUGUCCUUUGAUCAACUGUCAGUUCAAGGCGAUGGGUGGCACCUGGACCUGUUGUCAGUGUAACCAAGGUCCCAAUACCCAGGGCUGGUGUACAAUGCCAAAAGCCACACCAGGCCAUGGUAUCUCCGCCCCUGUCAAUGAGUCUGAGACUUGUGAUCAUGGGUGCUGUGCCGAAUGCGCACGUUACCUCCCAACACGAGCGACCACCCCAGAUAUGGCAUUCAGUGAGCUCCGUCAGGGGGUUGCUAGCCGCAGGUUUGGCUACGGCUCUUCCAGUCGCUCUCACCGUCGAGGUUCUGCCUUAUCCAAGAUCAACGGGUUUCCUCCUGUGGAUGAGAACGCAGACACUGUGUCGCCCUCCGCAUCAGGCUCGUGUUCAAGAAGCAACAACUCUUACAAAUCGUCUACAUCCGGCAAUACCUCUUAUGGAUCUGUGACUUCAGCAAGCCGAAGCGCGGCCUACAGGGUCGAUUUGGAGUACAGUUCUAAACGGCACAAGUCAUCCUCCGGAAAGUCAAGCAAGAAGAGCCAGAAGUCUAUGAGAGCGCAUUGA